UAUGUUGUCAGGUGCGUUCUAAGAUCUUAAGUAGUUAAAAACGCCGUGUUUUCAGAAUUCAUGCUCGCUAUGAUAAUUGAACACAGAAUAGAAUUUAAAAGAGCGUCAUUUAUAGUUUAAAUGAGAUAUUAGAGUCGUUGAAGGACUGUUAUCGCUUUAACGAUGUUAGCCGGGUAUGGGUGCUCCCUCGUCGGGUUGUGAUGUUUCGGCUGUCCCCGCUGCUCAGGGCUCUUCAGCGGACAGUCUGCAGCGUUUCCGACGACAUGCCGAAGGGAGUGUUUUUCUACGCGGUCAGGAAAGGCAUCAAGCCGGGGGUCUACAGCUCAUGGGAUGAAUGCAGGAGCCAAGUGGACAAGUUCCCUGCAGCCUCCUUCAAGAAGUUCGCCUCGGAGCGGGACGCGUGGGCCUUCGUGCGGGGCGAGGAGCUGUCUGCGGCUCCACACCAGAGAGAAGAGGUGGAGUUGUCUCUGCUUCCCAAACGAGGCCCAGAGCCUCUGCAGUACAUCCCACUGGGCAAGAGGAGUCGCUGUGGCGAGGAGGUGCAGCCAUCGAACCCCAAACGGCCCAGAGAAACAGCAGCACCUUCAUCUGAUGCAGACGGGUUCACCUACAUGGGUGACGCUGUGGUCGUUUACACCGACGGCUGCUGCUCUGCAAACGGGAAGACUGGGGCCCGCGCUGGCAUUGGAGUCUACUGGGGACGCAACCACCCGCUAAAUGUGGCAGAGCGCCUACAGGGACGGCAGACAAACCAGCGUGCAGAGAUCCAGGCGGCCUGCAAAGCUCUGCAACAAGCCAAAGAGCACAGCAUCACAAAGCUGGUCCUCUACACGGAUAGUAAAUUCACCAUCAAUGGUGUGACUAACUGGGUGAAGAACUGGAAACUGAACGGCUGGAGGCUGAAAUCUGGUGGGCUGGUCACAAACAAAGAGGACUUUGUGAAGCUAGAUGAGUUAAACUCAGAGCUGGAGGUGGUGUGGAUGCACAUUCCAGGACACUCGGGCUACACAGGCAACGAGCAGGCAGACCGGCUGUCCCGGGAGGGGGCAGCAAAGCCCCUCCAGCUUCAUGAGGAGGACCACAGUUAGAGCUGAUUGUUGUCAGCUUCUGUUUUCAGCAGGGAGUUCUGUUUGUCCUGUUUGUGUUAAGCUUUGACUUUUAGACUUUCUCUCUUAGAAUAAAGAUUAUUAUUUAUCAGUU